GAGGAAGGAAUAAAUGCAAGAUGGCUCCUCAUAUAAAAACAGUCUUCUGGGUAGCCCUCGGCUUGCUACAAAAUAACUCUUUACACCUUAUUAGGUUAAGAUAUUUAUCCUCGAAGAGUUCUGAAGGGUAACUUAAGCUAUAGAUUGAUAUGCGUAUGGUAAUUGUCGAUAUUUUCUGGGAGAAGAUAGUGAAGAUACAGCAGGGACAACUUUGAAGCCAUGAAUCGGUGGUGAACUCUCUCCGCUCGGCAGACAGAGUUGGGCGGUCAGAAGCACACAGCCUGGGCCUCAGCUAGCUAGCCGUAGCGGCUAACUAGCUUAUGACUUCAUCCAGCUAACAACGUUACCAUUAUCCGCCGCGUUGGAAACGUUAAACAGCAGAAAAGGAAACGUUUUAAACUACUGGUUGCCUGUUGAAUGUGGGACGUGAAAGGCCAUACCAUAACGGACCAUGGCUGUAUCAAGACUUGAUCGUUUGUUUAUACUGCUUGACACCGGAACAACACCAGUAACCAGGAAAGCAGCCGCCCAGCAGCUUGGAGAAGUGGUCAAACUCCAUCCACAGGAACUCAAUAGCCUUCUGCUAAAGGUCUUGAUCUACCUAAGGAGUCCUAAUUGGGACACCCGAAUAGCAGCAGGCCAAGCUGUAGAGGCCAUUGUGAAGAAUAUUCCUGAGUGGGACCCGGCGCCAAGGCCCAAAGAAGAGUCUUGUGAAGACUUGUCUCCGGAGGACUCCUCUUGUGACCGCUUGAGUUUCUACCACUUUGACAUCUCCCGCCUCCUCAAACACGGAGCGUCUCUGCUGGGAUCUGCGGGGGCGGAGUUUGAGCUGCAGGAUGACAAAAAUGCUGAGAUGGACCCUAAGGAGCGUCUGGCCCGCCAGAGAAAGCUCCUUCAGAAGAAGUUGGGUAUGGACAUUGGUGCGGCAAUUGGCAUGGACACAGAGGAGCUGUUCAACGACGAGGACCUCGACGACAGCUGCCAGCCCAGUGAGCUCAGAGCGCAAGGAAGCAAAACCACAGCUGGAUCCAGCUGUCACAACCAUGUG